UUUGCUCGAUCAUUCGCUCCAACAUUAUUGCUUUUUCCCUUGUUGAAUCAGGUGGUACCAACCACAAAGAUCAAGCUUUCUUCUUCUAUUUGACAAGAUCUUACUAGUUUUUGGUCUUUUGUAAGAUCUGCUUCAGCUCUGUGCCAUUUUAUCAGAAUAAAUUGAGUUGUGGAAUUAGGACUUUUUUGAAUUAAGAUCAAGCAUCGACAAACAUAGCAGAAAGCAUAACUCUUAAGGAGAGACAAGGAAUGAAUACAACUAAGAUCAAACGGAGAGUCGGUAAAUAUGAGCUGGGACGCACGAUCAGGGAAGGAACAUUUGCCAAGGUCAAGUUUGCAAGGAAUAUCGAAACUGGAGAACCCAUUGCCAUCAAGAUUCUUGACAAGGAGAAAGUUCUCAAACACAAAUUAGUCGAACAGAUCAAGCGAGAAGUAGCUACUAUGAAGUUAAUAAAGCAUCCUAAUGUUGUUCGCAUCUAUGAGGUGAUGGGAAGCAAAUCUAAGAUUUUCAUUAUACUAGUAUUUGCUACAGGGGGAGAGCUUUUCGACAAAAUAGUAAACCAUGGUCGUAUGAGGGAAGAUGAAGCACGAAGAUAUUUCCAACAACUUAUCAAUGCGGUUGAUUACUGCCAUAGCAGGGGAGUUUACCAUCGCGAUCUGAAACCAGAAAAUUUACUACUCGAUGCUUACGGUAACCUGAAAGUUUCAGACUUCGGAUUAAGUGCGUUAUCACAACAAGUCAAGGAUGAUGGCUUACUUCAUAUCACUUGUGGCACUCCAAAUUAUGUUGCUCCAGAGAUGCGCAACUGUCUUGUCUUCACCAAGUCGCAGGCUGGUGAGCUGGCUGCGGAGGAAAUCUCGUUUCGCAAGCUUAGCUUCAGGCGUUCCUUCGUGCAGCUCAAGGAACUUCUCCCAAAGUUCUUUAACGGAGUCGUAGUUGCUGAUCCGGUUGAUUUCUUAUGGCGGAAGAACAGUUAG